AUGGAACAGUUUAGCAGUUUGAGUCUCGAUGACAAGUUUCAUCGGGAAGCUGUAUGCGAAGAGGACCCUAUUGGUAUAUCGAAAUUAAGCCUUUCUGACCAGACAAAUCGAAUAACGCCUCAAGUUUUGAGCAAAUACAUGCCGCAUUUCCCUGCACUUCCAUCGCCGUUGAGGAAUUCUUUUAGUUAUGUGGAAACGACGAAUGAUGAAAUGGAUAUCGACGAAUACGAUAAAGAAUGUGUACCGAGUGAUUCGCAAGAGAUGGAAGAAGUUGAGACUAAGGAUGUCAAUAGCACCACCAAAGUGACAUUUGCAGUACCCGAGGUGAGGAAGAAAAGCAAGCCCAGUAUUGACGAAGUGUCGGCGGAUAAAGCACCAGUCGCGCCGAAGGAAGAGGAGAUGGAGCGAGAAAAUGGCUGCAAUGCUGUGAAGAAGGAUGGUACCGAUAGCACAGCUGUGAUAAAAGCGUUACUGUCACCGACAUCUCUUGGCGUAGCUGCAGCAGCAAAAAUUGAAGGUUUCCCACUCCCAGACUCGCCUACAGCACCCAAGGAAAUCACUUUCGAAGACGAUUGUCCUAGCAUAGCAGAUAGAAAGGACUACCAGUCAAUAGAUAUAGACUCACUCAAACAGGAUUUGAGAAAUCGCUCUAAACAUCAACCAAUACAGGUUUCGAUCAACAAUCACCACCAUUACUACCAAGACCCAGCAGGAUACCUCACGAUGCAACGAUGCACAGUCCCAGACCUGCAGAACAGCAAGCAGAUGCAGCCGCAACUUCACGGCGGCGACCGAUAUCAGCUUCCAGUGCCAUGGUCGUCCGAGGCAAGACCGCUGUCAAGAGGUUCUUACAUGUUCAUGUCCUAUCUGCAACUGUUCCUGAACGGUAUAACCGUCACGGCCGUCUUCACGGUCCUUACGGCUUUCUUCAGAACACUAAAGACAGAUAUCAAAUCUUCCUGGGAACACAGGAGGCUCGAGCUCGCCUAUGAAUCGUCGCGCUGCAAGAUUCAGUACUUAACAAACAAGUGCAACCUCGGAGGGCGGCCUGCUUUGCAGGAAAAAUGUCAAGCCUGGGAACAAUGCAUGAACAGAAACAACGACAUCUUUUUCAGAGCAAGAUCAACUCUCAGUGCAAAGCUCUUCGGUGAGAUUGUCAACUCUUUCAUAGAACCCAUCGGUUGGAAGGCUUUACUAGUGAUACUGAUGGCUGUAGUUAUCUGGUGCUUCUGUUCCAACUUCCUACUGGGCUUUGCUCGUGCCAAGAGUUAUUAUGGUGACGCCUCGCAACAGACGCUAAUGCGCCAACAACGACGUCUGAAGAGACCGUUGUUUCUCACACAAGAUGGCCAGAAGCACGACGACCCAUCUGAGCUAUCCUCAGACUUACAAGAGCUCUAA